AUCGCAUGUAUUUGAUAUCCUUUUGAUACUUCACACGUUAGCGCACACAUUCCUUCUUGCUUGAGAGCUUGAAAUAGAAUAAAUUUAAGUGAUUGGGAAAAAAACUUGCUGCACUAUCGGCAAAUAUCAUAAUGACGGAUGUUAUCGGCUUUGGAUAUGCAGCAUUUGUUGCCGUUGGAGGUCUUGUUGGUUUUAUGAAAGCUGGUAGUUUAGUUUCAUUGGUCAUGGGACUUGCUAUGGGAGGACUGGCUGCAUUUGGUGCCUCACAGACUUCAAGAAAUCCAAGCAACUGUUUGGCAAUUCUUGGUGCGUCAGCCAUUCUUCUGUUUGUUAUGGGAAUGCGUUUUAUGAACACUGGGAAGUUCAUGCCAGCUGGAAUGCUUGCAGCUCUGAGUUUGUUCAUGGUUGUACGCUAUGGUACUAGAUUGAUGUAGAGACGAGGUCUCAUCUCAACUCAACUGAAACUACAAGUCUCUGUUGUCUUCCAGAAAGUAGUCAAACAGAUUUUAUAAGUCCUAAAGUUGUUAUUUUUUUCAAAAAGAAGUAGUCAUAGGGCUUGAUAUUUUGGGAAGGUUCCACGGGAUCGCAGGGCUUUAAAAACAAUUAUUUUCAAACAUUGACUUUCAAGAAAAUUUUCGGUCUGGUGAAAAUUGUGAGCAUUGAAGCGCUGCAGUUAAAACAAGCAGGAUACCUGUGAAACAUAACGGUACACAUCUCAAAUUUUGGCUGGUUACCUUAUUCUAGUAAGCACAAUUGUGCACAGUUUUGUUGUGAUCAUGGUCCAAUUCCACUAAGCCUGUACGAACAAAGACUUGCUAAGCACAGUCAAACUUGCUUAGAAGAAUCAGGUAACCUUCCAAUAUUCAAUAGACCUUAUAUGCACAUGACGUCAUUUCAGUUCUUGAGGUCAAAAGGAGGUUGUUCAUUGGCCAAUCUGUGUGCGUUUCGAUUGUUUCGUCACCGUUUGACCUCAAAGAUGGCGGCUGGAUGACGUCAAUGCAUAAGGUCUAUGAAGUCAUAACACUAUUGAGACUGGUGUCCCACUCAUGAUUUUGCUUAGUAAUGAAAUUUUCUAAGCAUUUUGUUCUGCUUAAUACAAGUUUUAUUAAAUUGGGCUCAGCUGAAAUCCGUCGGAUUUUAGUGCGGUUUUACUUGAUUCUGAGGGGCAGCCAUACCUAGGGUGCUCAAGGCAUGUCAACUCUCCUUUCUCUAUUUAGUCAUGCAUGUUUCAAUGUUCAAUUACUAUUUUUGGUUAAUUCAAAUAAUUCUCUAAAACAACGAACAAAAGCAUCAUACUUACAUGUUUGUUUUUCUAAAUAUUAUUGUGACCUGAAACACAUGCACCUUGGCACCUAGAAUAAAAAUAAUAUAGUCAUAACUAGUCAAAAUAGUGCAUUUUACAAAUAACGUCUCACUGCACUUUACAUAUAGUGCCCUGGUCUUUGGGCCAAUAACAUAAUCUUCAAUCUCUCUCAGCUUCCCGGGAAGUUUACAGCCCUUAACUGCUGUGUAUUUUUCAACCUUAACCUCAGCAAGUAGCCCUGGGUAAACAGAAGCAAUUUUUUGUAAAGCAUUGUGCUCAAGGAUACAAGUGUCGUGACCGGGAUUCAAGCAAACUUACACCCCGAUGACUUAGCCACCAUAAAUAGAAGGCACAGAAAGCUAAACUGCCACCUGGAAUAAAGCAACUCAUAUUUUUGUAUCGUAUCAUUGACUUAUUGUGGUAAUCCUGUAUUGUGUUUAUAUAUAGCUGUAAGUUGACAAAUGGAUUAUAAUUGCUAUAACAGAAGAAACACAUUUUUAAAUAAAGAAACCAUAAAAUGGAACAAUAGCAAAUAA